AUGUUGAAGAAUGCCACAACGACGCAGGAUGCUGCUAUCGACGGGAACAACCCCUUCAAAAUCAAGGUGCAAGGUCCGUGGGAAGAACACCUGGUCGAUCACAAGGAUCGUCUUCUGGUACAGCUUCCCAGGAUACCCAGAGACAUUCAGUUCCUUCAAAUAGAAGACGGCACGCCCUCGAACACAGAAUGGUCUCUCUUGGGCGGUCAUUUCACCAGUGUGAAAAACCUGGAAAUGAAUUCAGGUUUCGAUGAAGAUUGGAACGACGAAAAGCUCCCGCUUCACUGGCCCUUGGAACGGCUUCUCAUUUCCUCCGCAUGCGGGGAGGUGUUUCAAAGCCCAACCGUGUUAGAAGGGAGAGUCAAGCAUCUGAUUCUUCUCCUCACGAGUGGGUUACGCUUUGAAGGACCAACAUCUGAAGAACUUUGCCGUGCUGACAAGGAAGCUAUUUCACGCGGCGAAAAGGAGGCUAGACGCAUUGGGAAAAUAGAGAUGGUAUAUAUUCCCGAGCUGGUUGCAGAUUCGAUGAGCAAGAGAUAUGCGUCGUACGACGAGGAACCAGAGCCGUCACAGGAACCACCACUUCUACUACCCAAAGAAGUCCCAGUGAAUCUCAAGAAAUUGGAGAUCCUUGAAAACGAUGCCAUAGACGCUUUCGACCGCAUGACCCUCGCGCUCCCACACGCUGUUGAGAACCUCUCAACUCUCAACAUCCGUUCCACCCACAACUUGGACUUCCAUUUCACGAACGAAAGACUUUUCCCCAUGUUCCUUCCGCAGCUGACAAACCUCAAAACCUUGGUCCUUUCUGUCGGUGAAGUCUUCAAAGAUAACACCAUCCUCACAACCCUCUACGAGCAGUUUCCCCCAAAUCUCUCGACGUUGCGUCUCAGAGGGCCUGCGUCGCUAGUCAGAUCCGAUAGGUGGACAGAUUGGGUGGACUCGUUUGCAUCUUCUGACUUUCUACCGAAGCUCGAGCGGCUGAGUUUCGUUCUAGAUCUGCAUUACGAACAGAAGAAUACUAAUAAAAGCGAGAAUAAGUCGAACGAUGUCUUCGGUACGGGUAAGAAAAAGCUCGUCGAUGCACCGGAUGAUAUGCUUCGGGAAGCACAAGAUGCUUGUAAACGACUCUAUGGCGCUGUGGAACGGAGAGGCGUCAAAGUCGAGCCGUUCUACGAUCACUGGUCUGAGCAUUCAACGCUCUUUAAACAGGUUGAUGAGCGGUGGAUGAGGUUGUGA